CCCCUCCCCCCCCCCAAAAAAAAAAAAAAAAAACCUUGUUCUUUAUUUGUUUCUUAACGUGCGUGCACAUAAUGGUGCAAAAUAUCAAAGCAAGGUUAGAACAGAUUUAUAUUCCAUGCUACCGUCCUUGUUCUCUGCUCCCGCAAUGCUCUUUUCUGUUUUGUAAUAUUGCAUUCGCCGACUUUAUGUAACGGAGUCGCGCAAACGCUAACAAAAACUCAUUUUUUAGUAGUUAUUUAUUUAUUACGCUAACCUGAGUAAGCAAAUCUACUUGGCAAAUUCACAAAGUUUAGAAUCAAACAACGCUCGUGAUGUGAUUUUUUUUUUUUUUUUCGUUUCUCGCUGAUGAGCGCCCAUGAGUGUCGAGGAUGUCAAUUUUAUUUCCCAUUCUUAAGGAGACGCGAGUUGAGUCCGCAUGAACGCAGUAGGUGCUGAUUAUAUGAUAUAGAGACACACCCAUUGUGUAUAAACAGCGCGCAUUCUCCACUGUCCCCUAUAUACCUGCUCGAUUGUAUACAUCCGGCGUAUAUUCCCAAUUCUUCGCAACUUUUUUACGGUGUUAGCGAUGAUUUUUGGUGACGGCCAUAGAUUUGUUACAACGGAAGUAUAUGUUAGUUGGAGCUGUGUUAAAAAAAAUUACAAAUUAAUUAUUGUUGUGUUACUAUAAGGAUAUACAAUAAAUGUCGCCUUGAGCCGCAGUCCCGCUGCUAAUGCGUUAUACAAAAGAUAGCCUGCAGUGUAACGUGUCUUCCUUGUUCUGACGAUGAGCUGUCACAUCGUUCAUACAAAAAAAAAACUAUAUACAUAUGUGUGAAGUAAACAUGUUGAGGCGUGUGAACAGAUAAGUGUGUCAUCGUGUCUGCAACCAACACCGUGUCUUUUGUAUACGAGCAGUUUGAAAGCGGCUGAAAGCCGAGGUCACACUGAUGAUACAUCGUGCAGUCUGCAAACACCAGCCACCACAAUAUCCGUGGUUCGAAUGCCGGGUUUCCAUGUUUCACCCUUGAACUCAUUGCCAUGCGGCAUUCGAAGCGCGGAUCUCGCGGUGACUCGCGUUCGAAUCUGUACGCAGAUUGUCUUUUGUAUGGGGGUAUAACCAGCGUGACCCCGGUUUUACGGUGACAAUGGCUUUGAUGUUUGCAGGUUUUGAAGAUAAUUGUUGUUGUUGUCGUUUUGCUGGUUUUUUUUUUUGUUUUUGGUGGGGGGGGGGGGGGGGGGGGGAGGUACUCCUGCGACAUUAUACGCGGCGGCGAUAUUCCUUCAAACUUGGAUUUCUAUACAAAACUGUGGGACCAAGAUAGCCCCGACGGCAGACCAGUCUAUGCCAAGCUUUCCUCGUCGUAGCCAGUAGUUCCGGGGGCACAACCGUAAUUAAUUUUAUCGCCGUUAUCAUUAUUUCACGAAAAAAAUAACACGUGGUUUUUCUUGAUCUUGCUGUUGUCACUUGUUUGACCGACUUGUGGCCAGGGCGCACACAUGGUAAUUAGUGGACGGCUUCCUCGGCACGGUAAAUGGUGGUGGCGGCGGACAAACUCGUCUCUGCGGAACUGCAGGAACUUCUUCUGUCGACCACUCUGGGUCACUUUCCAGUUCCAGCACGGUCGAUGCGAGAACGGUGACCUCGUGCCGUCCCUUAUCCACUGACGGAUAUCGUAGCCCAGACGAAAAUGGCUAAGUUGAACAGCAGGCAACUGCAGUCACGGUUUAUCAGCUCGUCUUCCUGGAGGUGUAAGGUUAGUUGCUAUUGCUCGUUGGGCAAAUUCUGAUUCUCAGCAACUCAGCUUAUACCUUAUAUAGACCGUAAACUUUCCGGUUUUAACCGAAUAACACCGAUAAACACCCGUCGGUGUCGAAAAUACAAACUCGGUUAUAACAACGAAAAACUCAAUUCCUGAGAAAUGUUUGCUCCAGCUAGGACUGUAUGUGUCAAAAGAUUCCCCUCUUACACUUAACAUUUUAGGGUUUAACGAGAUUGUUUUCGUCGGUCAUCACCGCCUUUAGGGUCCGUUCGAUACACAUACUAACCGAAAUGCACCAAUAUAUAAGCAAGAAACACCAAAAAACUCUUGCCGAUUUUUGUAUAAAUAAACACCGGAAAAUCUGCGGCUUACUUAUAAGGAAUAAUAUUUAUGAAGGUCGUCAUGCACGUAUAUUUCGACGAGAAAAUUAUAUUACCUUUCAAAGUAGCAACACACAGCAAUGUAUGUAUGAAUUGGUUCCGUCAAUGAUAUUCAAAUAGCUUGCUGCAGGAUGCACUCAUGCUUCUGUUGUUGUUUUUUUCCCCUUUUUAAAUUUGUUAUGCUUUUUUUUCUUGCGAGUUUGGGUUGAGUAAUUAAUAAUGCCUGUGCCCGCUUUGUAAACUUAAGAAAACGCAGACGAUUACUAAAUCCAACAACGUUAGCAACGACAAAACAAGAACACGUCUCGAAAGAAUACGCGUACCAACCAACCUGAGCAACGACCGUGAAAGUUCCCAGAAUCCGUUCCAGAAACGAAAACAACUCCGUCCCAAACCGCCAAACAAUCGAAGCCAUUCAUCUCCGGUCGACGACAGCCCUGCCGCGGAAUCCCGAAAAUUCCUCUACCAGCUCUUCUCCUUUCGCAAACCCGCUCCAGCAACGAGAUAUGACGGCAACAUCGAACAGCUGUGCGCCUGGCGUCAGCCGAGCCAACAAUGCAGUCGUCGCCCAAGCAAACAUUUGCCGAGAGUAGGAAAAUGGCGCUUCUCCGCAUCGCACGGGCGAGAGGAAACGCGCUCGACCAAUCAGCGCCGUCCCGUCCGCUCCCGCUCUCCGCGUACCUAGCAGACGACGUUCGCGUAGCAGACGACUGCGCGUUGCACUGCAGCGCUGGCACGCGCCGCGCGCAGACUACAACGGUUGCACAGCUGUGGGGGCCCGCAACCAAGCAAGGUGAAGGCCGGCACCGACGAACGACGGAUCCCGCCGUUCGCGACGACUACGACAGCUUUCCCAUGAUUCCACGGCGUCGCGCCACAACGUCAUGACGCAGCGGGAAGCUCCGAGGCCGGAGUCGGGCCUGUACACCGGCGGCCACGCCGCGCAGCAGGAUGACGAGCAAACAAUCGUCAGGUUGGGUUCGUCGUCGUCGCUGUGCGAAGAAGACUCCGACUCCGGGAGCUGGUGGUCGUACCCGUCCGAGUGCGGAUCCGUCGUCGACGUGAACCGGGUGGUGUCGUUCGCCCUGCAUGCCACCGACGAUCUCGACUCUCUGCGAAGCUGCUUCGCGUCGCUGGAAGGCGACGUGGUGCCGCAGAGUGUGCCCUCGCCGAAGCAGCAACAUCAGCAGAGAUCGCCGGACUAUCGAGACUCGCGGCCGGCGAACGCGCGGAGUGGCGUCGGUGACACGUUGGAUAACGGCUGCAUCACGGAGACGGCCAAACCGCCUGGAAUACCCGCUGACCAGGUGAGGACGGCUCUCGGUCAAAUCAACCGCGCUAAUCUGAACCCCACCAAGACGUUCCGCAAAAGUUCCCUGGUCGGAGCAGACGAUCGCCGGCCGCCGUCCGCAGUGCCAUCUAUCGAACGGCACGUCACCUUCAAAGACCUCUCGUCACCGUCAUCUGGUAGUGACGAAGAACACUACGAGAGGAAGCCGCCCCAAUACCGAAAUCGAAACCAUUCGGUUCCGGCGGGUUGCCAUGGCGUCGGCGAGGAAAAACAAGCGUUCGUCGACAACGGCGACGUCGCUGCCGUUGCGGGAGAAGCCGACCUGGACGAUUCGGGCUACCUAGACGGGGACAGCACAUCGAGUUCGAGCGACGUCUCGCCGCCCAGCAGUCUCGGCUGGGAGAGCGGGAUUCACACGACUGCAACUCGAAAGGCGGGAGGAGUCCGCGACAGUCGCGGCGUCGGGCAGCGAUGCCCGGGCGACCAUCGCGGCAACGACCUCUUCGAGCCUGAGCCACCGAAACGACCGGACGACAGCAACCAGACGGAUGGGAAGCAAGCCAUGAACGGAUUUUACGGCCAAAACAACGCCGUGCCUUCGGCGCACGCUUUCGUCCACACCGAGAUCAGCGUGUGCGAGAGCGUGCGGCGGGAAGACAGUUACGAGUACUACCGCAACGGGACCCGAGUCGCCAAGCUCAACAACGUCAACCAGACAUCGUGGAGUGAAUCGAGUUGCACGGAUUCCAGCGAGGUGUGUACGCCGCUCGAGAAACCGACCCAUUUGGAGCAGACCGCCGUAUCCGCGCCCGGCCAAAACAAGAACUCGGCGCGUGCGCCAGAAGCGGCAGACGACACGAGCGAUGGCGCACGCCACCAACAUCAUCAUCAUCAAUCCGCGCCGCCCAGGCGAGUGCUGCCAUCUGUGGACGAGGUACAGAAGCGCCAACAGAAUGUGCCGCCAUCUGUCGAAGUGUCUAGAAAGCAUCAGCAGGAAGCUUCGGGCGUCCUCCCGAAGCGCCAAUCCGCGCCUCGGGAAAGUGGGAAGUCGAAGAAAGAGAACAACGGAGGCAACGCCUGGAAUGCCGACGGCGCCAGAACAACAACCAGAGCGACGAAAGGUGACGUCGCGUACGAGCAUUGGCGGCACAUCCCAGCGCGCGACGUGCGCGACGAAGGCACUUCUUGCGACUUGGAAGAAGGCGACGACGCUGACGACUACGACUCCGAGAGCGAAGACAGCGGUGACGCUCCAUCCUCGCCGUCCAGGGAUGAGCUCCGAGAGUGCGCCGACCGCGCCGACGCGCGUGCCGGUACAGUGAGCGCGACGGCCACUUCGAGGGCAGUCGCCCGGUCGAGACCCGGCGGGGGGACAGCGUCGGAACCUGCGAGCCGUGCGUCCGCGCUGGCGUCGGUGCGUGCCCAAGCAAGGGACCCUUUCCUCGCGCUCGCCGUGGCGACGGCCAAGGCGGCCACAACGGCGAGCGCGGAGGCGUCCCGAGAGAUCUACGCCGGCUGCAAGCCCUUCUCCGCGGCACCAGAUUUGGACGUCUUCGUAAGAACCGCCUGCUCCGUCGGAGGCGGCGAAUCUGCCGCGCUGCUCGCCGACCGCGCCAAGCAAGCCCGAGACAUGCCGGACUCCGGUUACAUCGCCGUGUCUUCGCCGUACAAAGUGUCUUCGGUGCGGGCCGACGUACAUCUGCCGACGCCCGUCCGCUACAAGGAGUUCUCCUCGCUGCAACUCGGCGGCGCCGCGUCGCAGCCCGGGGUGACGACCGCGACCAACGGCCACGGCGAACUGGCCAGGGAACCACUUCCCUGCGAGCAACGCUUCCUGCACGUGCACUCGGACGUGCUUCCCACACGGGAGGACCGCUCGCCGCCGACGCCGCCCCCGCGCUACACUCCGUCCCCCGUGCUCCGCGAGGACCGCGUCCGCCUGCUUCGUACUCCAGUGAAGAGCACGCCCGUCCUGGUAGACUCCCUCCCCGACUCCGACGACUGUGACGUCGCCGCUGCCGCCGCGCCCUGCCCGCCCGUGCCGCCGCCCAGAAAUCCGCACAAUGGGAUACUCAGAAUGACCAAGAGGCCGGCGACUCUGCCUGUCAACGGAGAAGCGACCGUGUACCGCAAGCCACCGCUGCCCCAGCAACCUUUGCAACAACAACACCAUCGAUUGCUGCGUCCGCCGCCUCCGCCAGUGAGACAACGGUCGCCGCCUGCUGACCCCGCCGAACACCUGGAACGCAUCACCGGCUACCACACGGCCCGCCGUCUGGCGCAGGCGCUGCCCAAGCCGCAGGUGGUGCUGCCGGACCAGCCCUACUCGCACCCGGGCGGACGCCUGGUGUCCUCGCGGCGCCGCUUCUUCGAGAACCUCCAGCGACAGGUCGUGGCGGCCGCCGACCCCGACGCCGACUCUCCGUCCGAGCGCCUGUUGGGUUUCCAGGCAAGCGCCCAGGCGGCGCGGGAGAGCCUCGCCAAGAGUUCGCCGGACUUGGCCGCGCUCGAGGCCGACGCGUUUCGGCGCAGCCGCAACCGUCCCGAUCGAUACCCUCCCGUGCCGUACUCGGAUGCGACGCCCCCGUCCCCCGCAGUGCCGAGGUCGCCCGCAGUCCCGCCGGAGAGCUUCAGCCGGCUCGUGGAAGAGACCCGGAACCGAUACUUCCUGCGCAGCGGUCGCCGCCCGCGCGGUUCUCCGGGUCAAGAUGAACGGCGCCGCAGCAAGAGCCUGGGCUACCUCGAGACGGACGUGGACACCCUCCAGUGUCGCCAGGUGAAGCGACCGCAGGACCCGCAUACUCUCGCGGACCCCGCCUUCCCCGACUACUCCGAAGAAGAGCCCGCUCGAGCCGAUUCCCCGCUGUCACGAGCCCGAAGCAUGGACCGCUUCCUCGACGACGAGGUGAACGCGGGCCUCGGAGAACGAGCCAAGUCGGAGCACGAACUCCGCGUGGAACGCUCGCUGCAGAAGCUCCAGCUACCCGACUGGUACAAGAGGCACUCCCGACCCGCAGAAACCGGUUUCCUGCGGUCGCGACGCGGGUCGACGGCGUCAACGACGUCUACAGGCCGCCCAGCGUGGCAGGGCUUGGGCAGCAGGACACCGUCGGCGGCCAGCCUCGCUGCGACGUCGGCCUCGGCACCGACCACCAACGCGACCAACGCCCGCAACCUCGUCAUCCCCAAGCGUGUGACGGCCCCGGACUGGCGGUGCUGGCACGCGUCGCGCGAGUCCCUCAGCUCCGGAUGCGCGUCGCCUCACGACGGUUCGCUGAGCCGCUGGGGAAGCGUGAGCAGCGCGCCCGCAGCCGCCUGGUCCUACCGAUCCUUCCGACAGCCGUACCUGGGCUGGAGGGCGACGCCCUCGACGGGAACCACGACCCCGAUGUCGACGGGAAGCCGACCCGUGUCCCCGGGGGCGUCCUUGUGGACGCCUCCUCCUUCGCAUCCUCCGCAGCAGCAGUCAGAGACGUCGGAAGUCGAGGCCGUGGGGAGUGUCCUGCGUUCGUCUCCUCAUCCUCCGCCGUGCAGCAUCCCUCGGGACCGGUACUCUUACGUGCAGGGUAUCUACGGGGACGGUGGUGGGUGGAACGACGAACACGACUCGGUGCAGCAAGAGCAGGAUGAUGCGUGUACUUCGUCUUCGAUGCGGCAGCACCGUCAGUUAGAUCAGCAGCGUCAGGAAGUGGUGGUGAGUGAUGCCAGACCGGCCGUCUGGAUGGAAUCUUCGUUCGUUGGAGCCAAGCCUGGUUCGAGUACGGCGGGUUCGCCGGCCUCUUCCGCUGCCGCGUUAGGUGAGUACGUCCGUAGUGUGGGCAUCACGCUGUAGGCCCAACGUUUUCGGACCAAAAGGGAUACCAAAAGUUCGUGUGGCCGCGUAGUCUUUGACCGAAAGGGAUGAUGCGUGGUCUCCUUGUGAGUGUCAUGGCGGCGGAGAAACGGUGACCGUCUGCUUGCUUGUCGUCUGCAAAUGCCGAGUUGUCUUCCGCUGGAGCGUCUUUGUCGAGUUGAAAACACAGGAAAGGGUAGUCUUUCUAUAUAAUUUUUUUUUUUGUCAGUCUCUGACUGACAUUUGGGAGCUCUUCAGCAAGAUGUUGCUCUUUCAGCCGUGCGAAUUUUCGCCUUCCUGGUCGCAUUUUACUCGCGUAACCAUGCGUCUCGGCUGAACAGUUCUUUUUGCGGUUAUUUACAUUAUACGAAUCCAUGAAGAGAGAGAGAGAGAAACGAACUAUGAUAGUCUCGUUCGUUUACAUGGCCAAAAAAAAGCAAGAAACCUGACUUAUUUUUUCUUCCUUUUAUAUUUCAAUACGUAGUUGAGUUAAAAGCUCUUGCUCUCCGCUCUAAGUUCUUCCCAGUUUGGCUUGGUACCUGCCGCAAUCCGUGGAACACGCGCUGAACUGCUCGUUUUACGUUGUUCUUUGUCUGCCAAAGAAACCCUCCUACUGUUUGUGUUUGCACUGUCUUUGUUCCUGCCCCUCCGUGUACAUACAAACCAUAUCCGCUGUUGGCGUAAUUUAUUGACGCUUUAUAGACUGCAGAGCGAGAUACGUUACGCAGGCUUUCCUAAACCACUUCCUUCCUCUCCAAAGCUUUUUUUUUUUUAUCAUUAUUACUUUAGCUCUUGAGAAUAUGUAGCCAUUUGUUCGAUGGUUUUUAACGUUGAAAAAAAAAAAAGAAAAAAAGAAAUCAAAACUAUAAUAAGAGUGUUGAAGGUCGAGGUUCGACGCAACCAAAGGAAUUACAAUGAUGAAUGCCGACGCCGGCUUCGGUCCAGCAUGCACUCGUGACAAAGCGUUGAAAGCAGACGAAAAACAAAAUGAAGAACGGGAAACGUGGUAGCCUUAUAAAUGCAACGGCGCUUGUUUAAAAAAAGAAAGACGCGCAGCUGCUGUUACAUUACACACUCUUUCCAUUGUGUUGUUUGUUGAAUCUCUUUGAUAGUUUGAUUGUUGUUCGUCGUUGACUGCGUAUAUACAUAGGUAUGUUUGUUUACGUCGAUCAUCCUCACGCGGCAUGCUGCUGUCGCUCUUUGUGUUUGUGACAGGGAAACCUUUUUCUGUUUUUUAUGCGGGUGAAUUUUCCGCAGAGUGCUUUCUUCCGCGCGUGCGUUUGUGUGUGAAUGUCUGUUGGUUGGUUUGCGUGCGUUUUCAACCUCCCCUUAUUAGAUUCCCACCGUCCCCUCUACGCUACUGUGCGGCUGUGUUGACGACGACCUUGCUCAUUGUUGUCUACCUUUGGCUCCCCGCUUGCGAGAGAAAGAGAAAAAAUAUAUAUAGUAGUGCUGCUAGUUCUGCUCAUUUGUACCGUGGGUGUGUAUAUUAAGGAGAAAAGAAUAAAUAAAAGCCAUAUUUGCCCCCCUUUU